GCAGAUUCAGUUUGACGGUUGGUGAAGUGGGGGACUGAGACCUCUUCGUACAAUACGCAACAGCACGUAUAGUUUGUGUAAAUAGGCGAAUCUGAUUAAUGAUAUAGUCUGAUUGAAAUAAUUACCAUUUCAAGCAGAUACAAUCAAUUGUUUGUAUAAGGAUCUGAAACAUACUUCUAUAAACAGUGACGCCGGAUUAUAAGUGACAGCGAUGUGACGUUUAAAAUCGUACAUAGAUCGUAAAUAUAGUGUUAAACCAAACUCAAAAGAUGGCAACUUGGCAGAGUACACCUGGUGCAGGAUAUUAUCCAGGGCAACAAGGUUACCCUCAACAAAAUCCUGGGUAUCCUCCUCAGGAACCCUAUAAUCAAGGAUAUCCACCUCCUUACGGUGCAAAUCCACCAGGUCCUGGUUUCAUUCCUCCAGGCGCUCCUCCCUACGGACACGUUCCACCACCUGGUCCAGGAUUUGCUGCAGGACCACAACCAGGCAUGUACGGGACAAACUAUGCAGACGACUCUAUGCCACCCGAAGUCAAAGGGUUUGAAUUCAGUGAAAAAUCCAUCAGAAAUGGAUUUAUUAGAAAAGUAUAUAGCAUACUGAUGUGUCAGCUUCUGAUUACAGUAUCAUUGAUAUCGUUAUUCCUUUAUCAUCGUCCAACGAAAAUGUGGGCAAUGGCUCAUCCAGAAAUGUUCUGGAUUUGUUUUGUAGCAACUUUUGUUCUGAUUAUUUGUAUGGCUUGCUGUACUAGUGUGAGACGAAAAGCUCCUAUGAAUUUCAUAUUUUUGUUUCUUUUUACAAUAGCAGAAGGUUUUCUUUUAGCUGUUGCUGCUUCAACAUACAAUUCUGAAGAGGUAUUACUGGCUGUUGGAAUUACUGCAGCUGUUUGCCUUGCACUGACAUUAUUUGCAUUUCAAACGAAAUUUGAUUUCACUGGUCUCAAUAGUAUUUUAUUUGUUGCACUGAUUAUUUUUAUGCUUUUUGGAAUAAUCGCAAUAAUCUGGAGUAGUAAGAUUAUGACUUUAGUGUAUGCAUCGAUUGGAGCUUUACUGUUCUCUAUUUAUCUAAUUUACGAUACGCAAAUGAUGAUUGGUGGUAAUCACAAGUAUUCGAUUUCUCCGGAAGAGUACAUUUUUGCAGCACUGACUCUUUACAUCGAUGUUAUUAACAUUUUCCUUUAUAUUUUAACCAUUAUUGGCGUCGCACGAGAUUAAGUAGUAUUACACACAAUUUUGUCGUUAAUCUCGAACGCAUAAUGCUUUUACUUACUAUUAUUCUGUUUUGACUCUCUUUGCGCAAAGAGAGAGUACACUACAGAUAAGAAGCAAUUAGAGAUGAGAAAAAAAUGGUAUUGGCAGAAAAAAAGUUAAUUUUUAUGAAAUAUAGCUUUUACACAUUUUUUCAAGAUAUAGUUAACACAAAAAACUGUUUUAAUGUUCGACCUCUAGUCUCGUAAGUCAAAUAAUUUCUAUCAUACUAAAGAGACAUAAGCUAAUCGUUAAUACAGUUAAGAAUGUAAGUGCAAAUAAUAAUAUACAACACAUAAAAAGUUAUAUAUACGUACGUUUAGGUAUUCAUUUCAUUUCUCAAUUGAGGAAAGUAUUAUAUUCAUUUUCUUUUAAUUUACUUAAUGAAAUAAUUUAUUUUCUGAAAAAUAGAUUUACAUUUUGUAAAUUUGUCAUAACAUAAAAAAUAUUACAUAGAUCCAGUAAACCAAUGAUCCAUCUAAUAUGAAUACUAGAAGUGUGUGAGAACCCGAAUAUCAGGAUUCUGAGUCGUGGUUCGGAACGAACUUUGUUUAAUACAGCCAUUCAAUAGUUAUUUGCAAACAUUUCCAAUUCACGCUCAUUACAUAUUGAACAAAGCUUGUUUUGUUACAUGACUCUUGGUUCUGUAUCACGAGGUACUUCAUAAAACCUGACUCUAGUAUCGGGUAUUCGACAUUUUCAAGAUCCCGCACACUUCUAAUGAAUAUAUUUUAGUAAUAUUAAAGUCGGUAUAGUAGAUUUAGUGAUAUAUAAUAUUUGAAUGUUAUUAAAAUUUCAAAUUAUUCUAGACGUAUAUACGCAUUCAUAUUUAUCCGUUAUGUGUGUUGAAAAAAUAUGUUAUUUGAUCAUAUUUCUGUAAUAAAAGAAAUAUUGUAAAAUA